AAAUAGUAAUAAAAAAGAAAAAGAAAUACUCUAGGUCCAGGAGUAGGGACCCACUCUUCUCCAGAUCCGUCUUACGAGGCCAUUGGCCUUCUAAGCUCACCGUUUCACCUUGCUGCUUGAAUCCGGCGAUUCCCGGUCAGCCCUCUCGUUCGUCCCUCCUUCCCUGGCUCCGAAAACCUUAAAAAUCGGCAACACCACCACCACCACCUCCUCAGCGAACGACGAACUCCUAAGAGGAGGGCAGGAACAACAGGGACAAAGACAAAGGCUGUUAUCCGUUUCGCUUCCUUCUUCGCUGGACGAGAAAACCCUAGCUUAUAGAUUCUCCGAUGGGGUAAUCCGGUGAUCACUCGCCAUCGUCCAAUCCAAUCCGGUGACUAGCACCGAUGUCUUCGUUGGAAGCUCGGGUGUUGCGUCCUGAGAGGGAUCUGGAGGAGGACGAAUCUCCUAACUCGGAUUUGGGGGCCAUCGGGAUGGAGUGCUCGGACGAAGCCAUGGACGGCGCCGAGACGCCCACUGGAAAGGAUGGAGAGAUGAUAGAGAGUUAUGACAGGAGGGAGCUGAUUGUUAAUGAGGGGGACCCAGAUGCAGAGCCCUAUGUGGGCAUGGAGUUUGACAGUGAAGAGGCUGCCAGGGCAUACUAUAACGCCUACGCCUGUCGUGUGGGCUUCCGGGUCCGUGUUAGCAGGUGCCACCGCUCGAUGCGCGAUGGUAGCAUCAUAUGCCGCCGGUUUGUCUGUUCCAAGGAGGGCUUCUAUAUGCAAAAGGGUCAGACCAGGAACAAGAGGCAGCGGAUGGUCACAAGGGUGGGUUGCAUGGCGAUGCUUGUUGUAAAGAAGCAGACUUCUUGCAAUUGGCUUGUAACAAAGUUUGUUAAGGAACACAACCAUGAGCCAGUGGCUCCGACGCAGGUGGACCUCAAGCCACGCGUGCUUGUGGAAGUAAAGAAGGUCGAGGAUUGUCUUGACAAGAAGGAGAAUCCAGUCGAGAGAGGACUGGUUGUGGCUACACUGCCUCAGGGAACUUCGGAUCUUGAGCCAUAUGAGGGUAUGCAGUUCCAGUCUGAAGAAGCUGCCCGGACAUUUUAUUAUGCAUAUGCAAAGGAUAUGGGUUUUACUGUUCGUAUCAGCAAGUGCCGGCGUGCACGAGAUGGAUCAAUUAUUUGCAGGCGACUUGUGUGUUCCAAGGAGGGUUAUUAUGUGAGGAAAUAUGGAAGAACUAAGCGAUCUCGAGCUUUAACGAGAGUAGGUUGUUUAGCCAGGCUCGUUGUAAAGAAACUAGAUUCUGGUAUAUGGGUUGUUGCAAAUUUCGAGAAGGAACACAAUCAUCCUCCAUUUGUUGUAGGGAAUGAGCUGAGCUAUCAGCCACCAAAGCCCACAAGACGCAUUAACUGUGGUGCCUGCGCAUCACUACCAGUUCCAAGUGCUGCUGUGCUGAAUGCAGAUGAGGGUGAACUUAGAGAUAGUCAGAGCUCUGUGAACUGGCGAUUCAACAGGCUGCAUCAAGAAGGGAUUAGGUUCGCAGAGGAGGGAGCAACAUCAGUGGAAAUUUUUAAUGUGGCUAUGUUUGCUCUGCGGGAGGCUACUCAAAAGGUUAUAGCUGCGAAAAAAGAUACUGAUAUGAUCCCACAGCUUGGUAAUUUGGUUAGUGGAGGCAAUACUGAUCAUGUUAGCUGGACAAAUGAUUCUGUCAAUCAAAUAACCAUGGACAAUCAACAAUGCUCAAAUGAAGGCAGGCAGGUAGCUUCUUCUAGUGGUCCUAUGCUUAUUCAGCAGCCCUUGAACCUUGUGGUUAUUGCCCCUGGUUUGCCUAAUGAAUCUGGUCAAGCUCCUUCAGCAACUAACUUCCCUAAUGGUCAAGCAGUACGGGGAGGGCUUGAAAACCAACGGCUAAAUAUGACAAUUCCUGUUUCUGUCCGGAAGCAGCUGUCUCCUACUGCACGUAGAUUGGAUGGUAAUGGAUUACCAGGAAUGAAUAUAUCUGCAGGAAGGAAAAGAAAACAUAGUACAGCAGUGGAUGGUAUGGAUAGUUUCAUGACCAUUCAGGAUGUAGGCGAAAGGGAUUCCAAACAAGAUGGAGCUGCAAACCAACCUCAGGGAUGGAACAUCCUUGGGAUGGCCCAAGCAGAUUCACAUUGUAGGAAUGGUGGCAUGUCAACCAGUAUGGCACUUUCAGAGGCGCAGGUGGCAGCACUUCAGGCUGUUGCUGAAGCUUUUAAUGUUCCAACAAUGGGAGCCACCUCUUCAUUUGCUCUUCCAAUCAAAGUACUGCCAUUGUCUGAUAAGCUUUCAGAAGGGAACAAAGGAUACUUGUUGCCUUGUGAUGACUCCAGCCAAUCUUUAGAAGUAUUGUCUCACCAAUAUGAAGAAACUCCUAAAACUCCUGGUCCAAAUCCAUUAGUGCAUGCUGCUGCUAUAGCUGCUGGUGCCCGUAUUGCUACCCCUGAAGUUGCUGCUUCACUGAUUAAAGCUGUACAGUCCAGAACUGCUGUCCACUUUAGAUCUGGAGGCUCUUUGCCCAAAUUGCCUGUUAGGAUUGGUGGAGAUUCUCUUGCACAAUCUGUGGUUCAUCUCAAUACCUCAAAUAACCAAUACUUCCCAACUGAGGAGCCAUCAAUUCCAUUUCCUGUUACUGCUGUGCUGCCAGAUGUGUUACUUCCAGGGGAUCACCAAGAAAGUGUGACCAGUGAGGUUAGAGAAAUGCAGAUGACCAUGGCUGAGCAUGCUGAUUUGUUGAACUCGGACCCAAGAGAGGAACAGAACAUCUUGUAUCACUGCAUGGGUGGGGAAUCUCAAACUUUAGUCAAGAUGCAGCAUCCUCUACAGCAUGCUGGAUUUAGUGCAGACUGACUUGCGUGUGUGCAGGGCCAGGUGUAGAUUGAGGUUCCAUUGGCCAUAAGAUUAUGCGACCCCAUAUGUUUGGCAUGCAGAUGUGCUGUUUGGCUUGAGGGAGCAUGUUUAUUUGCUUGUUGCAAUGCCAUCAGAUUGGCAGCAGCGUUUAGAAUCAGUUUUAUGGUGCGUAUUCCAGCUUUUGCUGAGUCUGAGCUGGCACCAGUGCGAUACAUGUGUGUACAGUCAGUCCCAUAAGAAGCAAGGCAUACCAGCAUUCGUAAAACCUCUUGAUGGUUGGCCCAUAGCUGAUAUUAAAGAUUUUUUUUUUUUGAAUGUUGAGAACUAGAAUGAGAGGAACCCUGCUCAAAGUUGGUUGAGAAUGAGAAUCGAGGUUACUGGUAACAACUCUCAAUGACUUACCAACCGCAUUAGUUGGCACCUUAUAUUAGUUGGUGCAGGGGAGAAAAACUUCUAUGCUAUCAGCAAUCAAGGAGUGUUUGGUUGGAGAAAAUUGAUGGUCAGAAGGAGAAUCAGAAUGAAUGACUCUUAUUUUAGCUAUUUGAUUGGGAGAAAUUUUAUUUUGAGUUCAAGAUGGAAUGAAAAUAAUCCAAACUAUUCAAAACUUAAUCUACACUUUCUUUUAUAGAUUCAAAUUUUCAUUCGGA